AUGAUGAAGUUCGUUCUAGUCGUACCAAAUGUCGUCGUUGGUCAUGGUAUACAAGAACUAUGCGUGCAGGCCAUCAGAAAAGACUUAUCCAUCUACAAAUCAGCCAUGAGUUCACUUUUCAAUCUAAUCAAAUGUUUGUUUGUAUUGGCAGUUUGCCUCAUAUGUUGUCAAAUUCAAGCAAAACCAACGAACAAUGAUGAAAGCGAGUUACAUGAUCUUGAUUUCGUUCGUCAAUUUCUCUCCAAUGAACAGGAUCAAUCUGAUCAUCAACAAUAUCGCCGAGCUUCAUUGCGUUACCAUCCACAUAUUCUUUAUAAGAAAGCAAGUCUUAAACCAUUGAUUGGUCAUAACGGUAAAAUGAUAUUUGGUGAUCGCGAACGUUAUUAA